AUUUUCAUAUUAAAAUCUAGGAAUAUACGACCAGACUAAAAAAACGAAAUUCAUAGGUAAAAGUUUCUCUGUCGAUGUCACGAUUUUAAACGCAGUUAACUUUUACCUUACACGCCGGUGUGCGCAUUUAGCAUGACUUUAAUCGUAAUCAUGUUCUGAAGAUGUGACUUUUCGGUAAUUGCACACGGCUUCAGAAUCCUGAAAGUCUACGAGGAAAACAAUUGGACAUGCGAUUCUACGUUGGCACACCGUCAUUUUCCCCCUCCUCCCGGCCAAAGGUUUUAUCCGUAAGAAUCUUCCUUAUACGUUCACAGUGAAUAUGUGGGGCCCUCGCACCAUCUACCUCCUGAUCUCGUUUUACUUCUCAUUGCUCCUCGAAGUUCAUAGUGAUGGUCUGUGCGAGUUGGGUGGGUUGAAGGGCUGCAAUGUUCACUGUAGCACCGCACACGGGAAGCUGGCUUUGCUCAACUCUCCAUGGGCCAUCGGCGCCUGCGUGGAGGGUAACUGCGUUUGCAGAUUCAACGAAAAACAAAUCCGUAAUGCUAUCCCCAAAAACUGUAUCAAGUUUUAUUUUUCACUUUUGGAGAGUGAAAAAGAGAUCGUCGAAGAAAUGAUCGAGGAAAAAUUUUCCAAAUUGAGUUUGGAUAAAAAAUUUGAGUGGUAUAUGAAUGUCUACGAGAAAUCUUACAGUACAAAAGAGGAGAAGGGGCGACGUCUUCGGAUCUUUGAAGAAAACCUGGUCAAAAUCAGUGAACUCAAUGCAAAUAGAAAAGGCUCCGUCGUUUACGGGAUCGGACCGUUCACAGACCUCAGCAGCCAGGAAUUCGCCGAAAAAUACAUUGGAAAGCAGGACCUACCGAGCGACUUAUCCGACAAAGACGACGAGAGCGGUCAGCUGCAGACUCGGACGUUGACAAGAAAAGGAAAAGGAAAAGGAAAAGGAAAAGAGAGGAAUUCCACAUCUCCGCCAAGGAGAAAACCAUCCGGCUCUCGAUCACCCGGUCGAUCUCGUGCUCGGUCUCUGUCUCCCCAGAGAUCAUCUUCUAAACCAUCUCUCCAGCGGACAGCUAGCGGAUAUCGCAGAUUGUUCCCUGCCAGAUUCCGUCCGGCCAAAACAUGGGAUCCUGAAUAUCGACCCAUGGCGGAUGGAAUGUCGCGUCGACCUCGACACAACUUCAGAAUGGACCCAGGCCCCAGCGAGGGGGCUCCCAUGAUAUUCGGGAACCCCCCCAUAGGGGACCCCAUCACCGAUUGGCGGAUACCCCCUGAGCUCUAUCCUCCUGCGGAGCACCAGGACCUGGGCAAUAAAAGAUGCGGUAGCUGUUGGGCGUUCGCAGCUUUGGGGGCUGUGGAGAUGCACUGGGCUCUUUUAUUGAACAGGGUAGUUAUGCUCUCAAAACAAGAUCUGGUAGACUGCGUUCCAGAGAACGACGGAUGCGUAAAUGGUGACAUAGGAAAAGCUCUCCUACACAUGAAGAUUUUCGGAGUCUCGAGAGCUGUGGACUACCCGUACGUAGCCGAAACCCAGGACUGCAAUCCCAACAUACCAGGUUACAUGUCAAUUGGGGAUUACGACGAGAUCAAAGGUGAUAAAAACGUGGAAGAUGCUUUGGACUGGACCCCGGUUCCGGCGGGCGUUCAUGCUCCAGACGAACUUCAAUUUUAUGUGUCAGGAGUUUACGAAUCAGCGGCAUGCUCGAAUAAACUCAAACAUAUGGGUCAUGCUGUGGCAAUCGUUGGUCACUAUCAAGACGCUUGGAUAAUCCGGAAUAGUUGGGGCCCUACCUGGGGUUUGGAGGGUCAUUAUUUAGUCAAAAAGGGUCACUGUGGGGCCGGUAAACGUUGCUGGACGGUGAAAGGGCCAUUUACGUUAGUGAAAUAAAGAAGUCUCACGUAGUUAAUAUCUCAAAGUUGUUCUAAGGACAUCUCCAAGCAGAGAAAACCUAUUUUAAAAAAAUACAUGCAAUAAAAUAAUUGAAAAACUAAUGACGUA